AAAAAAAUCCAAAAAUCUAAAGAAAAUCAUUAUAAACAUCAACAUAUACAAUUUCCCUCAUCAUUCAUUCAAAUAAACAACAUACACAACGACAACCAACCCCAUUCCAUAAGAAAUAAAUAACAAUCAGAGUUACAAAAAGGAAAAAUGGCAUUACUAAAACGACCCUUAACCAAGGAAACGGCGACAAUUGUUGAAAAUAACAACAAUAAUAAAGUUGACACAGAAUAUGAAACAGCUGUUAAACGUAAAAAACGUUGCUCACGUGAUGAUGACGCCAACAAUAAUAUCACAACAACUAAUGUUAGUAUUAAGCAGGAAGAUAAAUUAUCCUUGCCACAGAAGAAACGUACCAUAAACUCUAAUACAGAAUUUGCCAAAACGAAUAGUAAUGAAGAUCAAGAUGAUGAAACCUUGAUAAGAGAAACACAGGCAGCAUUGAAAAGUUUAUCGGGUUCUUGGCCAGAGGCACGUAAUAAUCCGUAUCGUUUAACGGAACAAGAUGAAAAUCCGCCACAAUUUCAAAAUCUUUUUGAGGAAAAACAAAAGUAUGAAAACUAUUCUAAAUAUAGCACUGAUGAAACGUCUGCUUAUAGUUCACUUGAUCUUUUACGUUUUCACAGACAAAAGGAAAAUGAUCAGGCUCGUUUGAAUACCCAGGAAGAGAAGAAGAGUGCCUUUUCUCAGUCAUCAGCCUUUAAGCCUCCUAUGGAUAUAAAACGUAAUGGUGUAAUUGGUUAUAAUUCGCAUGUUAAUUCAUCACAUUAUCCAAACUCAUAUGCUACAGCAGAAUCUACCAGCGGUUAUUUAAAUUAUCCUCCUCCAUCUCUACCACCCCCACCUUCCUCUACAACACACAAUACUCUCUCACAUACUACCGCUUCCCUAUUGGCCUCACGUUCUCCCUAUGAGGAUAAAAGUACAUUAGAAACUUUAAAAACGGAAAAUGAUACUACUAUUAGUCAUAAGACUCUUGAAGAUGAUAAACACUAUACCACCCUACAGCCAGCCGGUGUGGGAAGUCGUGCUGCUUCCGUUAUGCAAGAUAUAAAUCGUGAUACAUCUGUUUCUCUAAGCGUUACAUCGGCGGAGUCACAAGUAUCCUCGACUGCUAAUAUAAUACCUCAGCCUACUUAUUCGCCGGGCAGUUUAAAUCGUGAUUCUAAAGAUUUACAUCAUAUGGAUAAAUAUAAACUCUCCUCUAAUCAAUAUUUGAAUAACAACAAUAGCAAUUGUAUUAACAACAACAAUAGCCAUAAGUUGAAUUCCAGUCCUUCGCACAACAACAACAACAAUAACAGCAGCAGUAGCAACAACAUUAGCAGCAAUAACAAUAUGCCCAUUAUUAAAUCGGAAUUUAGUCCAGUAGCAAAUAUUAAAUCGGAAUACAAUAAAAGUCCAAUGCAUUCAUAUCUAGCAAACGAGACAAAUGCCGCUGGUCGUGCCAAUUCCUCAACGACAGGUUCAGCCAACAAUAACCAAAGUCAGUCGGCUGGCAGCUCCACAGCCGGAACACUUCAACAACAGCAGCAGCAACAACAACAGCAACAGUCUUCACACAACGACAUGAAUCGUUUUGUGGGCAUGCAAACACACGGCAUUAAUGAUCAACAAAGUCCACACAAUGGUCAACAACAAACUUUGCAUCAACAACGAGGACCAUUCAUUGAGGGCUCUUCCGGUCUCAUGAUGUCUACGGGCAAUCCAACAUCCGCUGGUACUGAUGGCAAUGAAAGUUAUCACAAUGACCAUCAUACACAGCAAGGCAAUGUCCAAGCAGACCAGCAACAACAACAAUACGAACACAUGCAACGUUAUGGCCAUCAUGUUACAAAUGGUGAGUCGUUGAGUAAACCACCGUCGGCUUAUGGAGCCAGUGAUAUGUUAUCGUCCAGUAAUGGUAAUUCGGGCAAUAUUUCUCCUCAUACCCGUAGCUAUGAUCCCAAUCCUCCUACUUCAAUAUCCUCCAGUGUUUCCUCUUCGUAUGUUGACUCAUCCACCGCCUCUAGUGGUUUGACUACAGCCUUUGAACGUUACGAUCCCAAUUGUAAUGGUCAAAGACCCUCGAACAUGUAUCCCUAUUUAUCGCAAUCGGCUGAUGAUUUACAAGCCCAACAACAGAAAUAUUUGCAAGAUCAACAGUUGCUAAUGGCUAAAGUAGAGCAUGAUGAAAUGGCCAAUGGUGGUCCCAUAUAUCCUAGACCUAUGUAUCAUUAUGAUCCCAGCAUGGGACCCUUACCACCCGGUUUCUCGGCUAUUAAUUUGUCGGUGAAAAUGGCAGCAGCCCAAGCAGCGGCCGCCGCAGCAGCAUAUCAAAAUCAACAACAACAAAGUCAGCAGCCCUCACAAGCCCCCGGCCAGCAGACAUCGCAGCAACAACAACAACAGCAGCAACAGCCCAAACAAAGUGGUUCACCCUCACCGACUGCUGCCCCCGUUGUUGAUCUCUCCGGCUCUACUUCGGUCACCUCCUCCAGUCCGCAAGGUUUCAACUCACCAGCUUCUCACAACCAAUACAAUCAACGAAUUGGUGCUGGUAGCCCACAGCCGGGUGCCAGUCCCAAUGUAGCCAGCCCCCAAGUGCCAAGUCCCCAGGGUCAAACUUUGGAUCUGACAGUGACCAGACUGCCACACAGUAUUAUCACCAGUCCCCAGUAUGGUGCUCAUCCCGAUGGUGUAGUGAUUGGUGCUCAUCCCCAAGGAUUUGGACCAGGAUUGCCGACAUCGGCAGCAAAUGGUACGGCUAGAUCUCCUCCAAUGGAACCUGUUGAUUUUAGUGGUCCUCCUCGUCCUUUAGGCUUUGGUCUCGUUGGUCAUUUAGGUGGUCCCCGGCCGUAUAGUCGUGAAUCAACCCCGGACAGUGGUGGCUCGCAUUACAUUGACAGCUAUAGAGAUCCCAGUGGCUAUUCCCCGCAUCCCGGCUAUGGUAUGGUUGUACAGUCUGAUUAUCCCCCAGCUGGUUAUCAUGGUUAUGGAGCUGCUGCCGCCUAUCAAUGUAGUAAUCCUUAUGCCACUGCUGUUGGUCCCGGCGGAUAUCCGACACCCGUUUCAGGAGGUUAUUCGACCAGUCCAGCUUCCUGUUACUCCAUGCCACCACCGCAACAUAUACCACAACAUGACAAGACAAAGGAUAGGUUAGUUGAAUGUUUAACUGGUUGCCCACGCACCGAUCGCAAUCAUUUGCAACCUCAUUCACAGGAACUGAAAUGUCCCACCCCAGGUUGUGAUGGUUCGGGUCAUGUUACUGGUAAUUAUUCAUCACAUCGUAGCCUAUCGGGUUGUCCUCGUGCCAAUAAACCAAAAAGUAAACCCCGGGAUGGUCAGGAUUCCGAACCAUUGAGAUGCCCCAUACCAGGCUGUGAUGGUUCUGGACAUUCUACUGGUAAAUUUUUAUCACAUCGUAGUGCUUCUGGUUGUCCCAUUGCCAAUCGUAAUAAAAUGCGUGUUCUAGAAGCCGGCGGUACUGUGGAACAACAUAAAGCAGCUGUAGCUGCAGCAACUGCUAUGAAAUUUGAUGGCUGCGGUUCUGCUUCCCAGGCUAUUAAAAAACCCAAAUUCGAUGAGGUUACCAUGGUGUAUCCCAAAGGCUAUACAGGCAUGGAAAUGAUGAUGAAUAGCGUGGGCUCUACUUCAACCAUGAAUAAUCCUUUAACAGGUCCUUCUUCCUCGGCCAGCAUUAGCACUACAACUGGCGUUUUACCCGAUAGUUUGCAGUCGGCCUCAACAUCAUCUUCCUCCACUUCUAAUGUUAAUGGCGACAUAAAUUCUGUAACACGUCAUGAAGCCGAAAAUGAUAUUAAUAGUUUAGAGGCUGAAAUCACCGAACUACAGCGUGAAAAUGCCCGGGUAGAGUCUCAAAUGAUGCGUUUGAAAUCGGAUAUAAAUGCCAUGGAAACACAAUUGAACACCAGCGAUAGGGUACGUAGGCUCAGGAGACUUCUCCGCUGAGUGCUCAUCAACAGCGUUCUCUCGCUUCGGUGACUAGCAGUGCUGGAGGAACAGCAGCUCUUGCUGCCGUCACCUCCAGCACAACAGCAGACUCAGCGCUUGCAGUCACCACCAAUCACAACAGCAGCAGCGGCAACAGUAACAAC